AUGGCUGAGCUGGCCAACAAGGAGCAGAGUCACGGAGACUAUCGAGUGGUGCGGGCGAUGAUGUACGAUCAGCCGACGGAUCGUUUCUUCUUUUGCGGCAACAAGGUGCUGUGGUCGGUGCCGCGGGCGACGUGGCCCUUUGACGAGCAGGCCGAGGCGGACGGCGGGCUGUCAGCGAGCGGCGUCGUCGCCUUUCGCGCCUGGGACUCGUCUUCGGUCGGCGUGGCGCGGCGGAGCGACGGCGAUCUCAUCGUCGGCGUGCGGGCAAGCCCCAGGAGCACGGUGACCAUCCCCUUUCCGCCGGCCUCGGGUACGUGGACUGCAUCGCCGGCCGAAGGCACUGUCGUCCAGUCGUACGGUACAAGCCUCCACGUCAUGUUCCAUGACGCCGACUACGAUGUGACGUACCUAUGUGAGGCCAGUACCUCUGCACCACUUCUCAUCCACGAUGGCAUCCGGAACGAGGCCUUUGAUCUUCCGCAGCUUAGUCCGAGCGGAUGCGAGGAGAAGACACUUGUGGCCACUGCCACCGACACCCAUGUGUGGAUUGGGUGGAAGCAGGCGCGCAUCGCCAUCCUUGAGCGAGCAAACCCCCGCAACGGCGCCUUCCACACGGUCGGUUGCUGCGACUACGUGGCGCUGGCAUACUCAGAGGUCCGCCGGAAGAUGUUCGCCGCGACCGACCAGGACUUUAUUCUUGCCCUCGACGAGACGUCCAUCCCGCCAACCGUGGUCGGCCUCGGCAUCGCGAAGGGCACCAUCCGUGCGAUGUGGUACGAUGCCGACGGCGACGCUCUCUUUGUUGUCACCUCGUCACCGAACGCACUUGUUCGGUUUGAUCCGGAAGACCUGAGUGUGUACGACACGCUCGAGCUCACGUCGAACAAGGUGUCCAGCACGCGCGACUACGCUCUCGUUCCCAACACCAACGAGGUGUUUGUGGUGACCGCCAGUGACCCUGCGGUACUCUCCAGAAUCCAGCACCAUGACUGCGGCUCUUAUACCUCGUGCGCAAGCUGCGCGGUUGACGGCUACUGCGCGUGGUGCGCGACAACGAUGACCUGCACCGAGAAGCGUGACAGCGUAUGUGUGCCGCCGACGGUGUGCCCGGCGGUGACGGCGAUUGCCCCAACCGCGGUUGUCGCCGACACCGCGGCCAGCGGCGAGCUCACAAUCACUGGUGUAGGCUUUGUCGACGUUUUGCCUGCGGUCUCGGCUCGGUUUGAUACGGGCUACGGCACGGCGAGCACGACCUUUGUCUCCGAGACCGAGCUUCGGGCUUUAAUUCCGACGGGUCCGGCCGGGACGGCCAACAUGUCGCUGGAACACCUGGGCGCGAGCUAUGCGCCCGAGAGCUACUCGCUCGAGUAUGUGUCGUGCGGAUCGAGCAACUCGUCGUGCCAUGCGUGUGUGGCGACCGGUGGAGGAGUCUGCUCAUGGUGCCCUUCUUACGGUGGGUUUUGCUCGCCAUCGUCGACGAUCGCAAGCCUAUGCGAGGCAGCAUCGUUUGUGGUGUCGGAGACAUGCCCCGCGCUUAGCCGUGUGGCGCCGUCCAAGGGCCCGCCGGAUGGUGGCAACUCGGUGAUACUGACCGGACAGGGCUUUGUUGACCCAAGCAUCGCGGGAACGAGCUACACGUGUGUGUUCAACAAGACGGUGGCUGUGGGUGCGAGCUGGAACCCAACGAGCAGCUCGGUCAGCUGCGUUGCGCCGAGCGCCGUGGGCGGCAGCAGCGGCGACGUGAGCCUCGAGCUUGUGCUCGGCACGCUGCCGCCACUGCCGAUUGACGGAGCUUUUACGCCAUUCAUCGGAAGCAGCGACCCGCUUGCGAGCUACCGGUACGUGACCUGCGGCGAGUCGUCGUCGUCGUGUGCCGACUGCGCGUUUGGCUCAAACUCGUGCUUUUGGUGCGAGAGCGACUCGACGUGCCGCGACGUGGGGACCGAGGGCGGUUGCGCCGUCGGCGAUACCUUUCACAACUGCCCGGCCGUUACCUCGAUUGCACCGAGUGCACAAGAGAUUUCGAGCGCCGAGCUCCUGGUCACGCUGACUGGAACCGGCUUUGACGCCGGCAUGGCCUGCCUCUACAACACGUCUGCAGACGAUGCCGAAGCCGGCAUGGAGGUGCCUACGACCUUUCUUUCAGGCUCGCCACCGUCGCUGGUGUGCACUUUUCCGCCGGCGGAGCUGCCGAUGGCGCUCACCGUGGGUGUGCGGCGCUCGGGCUCUGCCAAGCGGCUCUCUGCGCCGGAGAAGAAGUUCGAGGCGUACGAGUGUGCACCGGCAGGCUCAUCAUGCUCGGAGUGCCUUGCGUAUGUGCCAAACGUGCCGAACGCAUCGCCGUGUGGGUUCUGUGUUUCUGCUGGAAGAUGUCUGCCGGCGUCCGGGUGUGCGAGUUACUCGCCGUUUGUGACUACCGCCGGUCAGUGCCCGCGCAUGGCGUCGGUGAGUCCGCUGUCGGUAGGCGCGCCGGGCGGGACGAUGCUGACGCUGACGCUGGACCCACUGCGAGCAGGCGCGGUGAGCGGCGGGGCGGCAAGCUCCGGAGUGCUCGAGUGCGUGUUUACUGCGGCAGGCACGCCGAUUGUGGUACCGGCGACGACCGACGGGAGCCAUGUUGUGCGGUGCGCGAUUCCGGCGGCGUCGCAGGGAGCGGCGUCGCGGCAGGCGGCGGUGGCGGCGGCGGGAACAGACGGACUGGCGACGGUGGCCGACUCGACGCUCUCUGUGAUGUACUACGCAUGCGUAGGCAGCGUUUGCUCGGCAUGCACUGCCGGUGGGGCCGACUGCGGAUGGUGCCUCUCGUCGUCCGAGUGCACCACCGCAGGCGCGUGCUCGGGCGGUCUGCCCGUGUUUGCGUCGUCGGACGCCAGCUGCCCGGCGCUGACCGGCGGGGCGGGCUCGCCGACAUCGGGCUCGCUCGCGGGUGGGACGCGGGUGGUGCUGGCUGGUGGCACGUUUGUGGCCGGGACCGACUACGCAAUCAGCCAUCCGCUUGCAGAUGCAACUGGUGUGUGUGUGCGGCUCUCGUCGAGUGCGCUCGAGUGUACGAUGCCUGCAGGGCGCGAGGCCGGCGGCGGGCCGAUGACGGUGGCGAAGGGCGGGCGCAACUAUGCGAGUGGGUCGUCGUUCACGUACUAUGAUUGUGGGAUGCCGAGAACUUGCGCCGAGUGCACAGUCUCGCUCCUUGCCGAGUGUGGCUGGUGCGCGAGCAGCGGGGUGUGCACAACGGCGUCGGCUGGGUGCGGCGAAAGUGAGACGCCGCUGGCGGCGUGCCCGGUGGCGGGCGUUGUGACUCCAUCACCGAGCUCGUCAAACACGGGAGGUAUUGUGGCUGCCGUGGUGCUGGUUGUUGUUGUAGUGGUUGCCGGCGUUCUCACCGGGCUCUGGCUCUACAUGCGAUCCAAGGCCGAGGCAGGCGUGCAGCCGCUCAAGCUGACGGCCAAGCUGCGUCGGGCGGUAGUGUACGGGACGUUGGGAUCGCGGAGCGCGCCGCCGCUGAGCCGGGUCAAGCGAGACGCGCUGGAAAAGGCGAUGGUCUCGUGGCCACCGGACUUUGCGUUGGCGCUGGCGCUGGCAGAUGUGGUGGGGACUGCAGACGCGGAUCUAGCCGCGCGAUCGCUGGUCCACAUCUAUGAGGCGGCCGGGCAGAGCCUGGCGUUCCUCACGGCGCAGGUCCAAGCCGAGGUGGCUUGCGCGCUCUCCCUCAACACGCUGUUCCGAACCAACUCGCUGGCAACCAAGGCGUUCAAAGUGUUCUCGAAGAUCCACGGGAUCGACUACCUGUCGGCGACGCUGGGUAUGGUGGUGGCGGAGGCAGUGUCCAAGUACGGGCGCGUGGAGGUUGAUGCCAAGCGUGUGUCGGUGGCGGGACCCGACGACGGCGAGGUCGACUUGCUCGACUCGAACGUGGACGUCAACCGGUUCAAGCUCCUCACGCUCUGCCAGUCGGCAUGGGUGCGGAUCCAGAUGUCGAUGGAGAACGUGCCGCCAUCGUUCCGCGAGCUGUUUGCUGUGGUGAUGAGCGCCACGAGCGCCAAGUUUCCGAUUUCGCUUGCGUCGCUGGCGUCGUCAGUCCAUGAGACAAUCGGUGCGGCAGCGGCUUCGCUGGCGACGUCGCAAGACGAAGCUGCGCGGCUGCUGAACGCACUGGGCGCAACGAGAGUGAGCGAGGCUGAGCGCAACCAGCUGCUUGCGGCAUGGUCGGAGAACCUGGACACGAUUGCAUCCGACUACGAGCUUGUAACGCGGUUUGUGGAGGAUCAGGUUGCGGUUCAGAAUCCAGGCUCGCCGCAGGCCGGGCGCGUUCUUGCGCGACUGCAGAGUGACCUGCGAUCUGUGACGGUCGGCGGAUUUUUCUUCCUCCGCUUCCUGGUUCCUGCGCUCACGGCGCCGCACGCCUACGGCCUUCUCGAGGGCCCACCGAACAAGUCGGCGCAGCGGGUGCUUAUUCUGCUGGCCAAGGUCAUCCAGAACUUGUCCAACGGCAAGGAGUUUGGGAGCAAAGAGCCGUUCAUGGCCAAGAUGAACGAGUUUGUGGUCUCAAACCACGACGCCAUGUCGCAGUUCCUGGACUCGCUCACGUCAGGCCCGGCAUCGUCGGGCGCCGAUGAGGCGCUUGCAGAUGGCCUUGACGUGCCGCCCGAGUUUGUAGAGACGGCGUACGCCUCGGUGGCCAAGCUCAUCCUUGCGCAGGAGGAGGCGUUUUCGGUGGCGUAUCUCGCGCGGACACAGGAGCUCAACGGUGAGAGCCACCUCACCGAGCUCCUUAGUGCGCUUGCUGCCGACGACGCACCCGACGAGGUGGCGAGCCGGAUCCGGACGUAUUCGUCGCGGCUGUUCGACUCGAUGUCACUUGACGACGAUGUGGCGUCUGCGUCGUCGGCCGAUGCUGCGCCCGGCGGCAUUGCGUUGCCGACGCUGUCAUGAGAAAGCAAUGAGAUGCUCCUUCUGUGACAAAAUGAAACUUGCCGUAGGC